UACGCAAAUUGGAUCAGUUCCAUCAUCCGACCAUUUUGCUUCUGUUUUAAUUACAAAGCCAGAUAAUAAUUGUGUUAUUCCUUUUAAUAAAAGUUUUAUUAUUGAAUUUAAAUACACGAAUUUUGAAGCUGGUCAAUUUUCCAAUAAAGACACAGAAUUUCUCAAAUUUCCACAAGAAAUUAAUACCAAUGGAGACAUUAUCGGCCAUUUUCAUAUUACUAUACAAAAAAUACCUUCAAAAAAUAAUGUACCUGAUCCAAAAACUUUUGCCUUUUUUACCCCGUUAAAUUAUCCUCCAAAUUCAACUUUUACUUAUCAAGUUCCUAUUCCUGGAUUAGCUGAUGAAGGAAUUUACAGAGCUUGUACAUAUACAACUUCAAGAGCUCAUGCUGGUGUUAAUUUAGCAAGUGGUGAUAGAGGACCAAUUGAUGAUUGUAUUCGUUUCCAAGUUUGUAAAAAUUGA